UACUUUUUUUUUUUUUUUUGGUGGGGGGUGCGAGAUUGGAACCAACUUUUGAAGUUCGCCCAGGAGACUCGACUCGCGUUCCGGUGCCACAGCUCCCGGGCAGCAAGGACCCCGCGGAGGCGCCGCGAUCACCAUGGGCAGCAAAGGGGCCUACCGCUACCACUGGCAGAGCCACAACGUCAAGCACAGCGGCGUGGACGACAUGGUGCUGCUCUCCAAGAUCACGGAGAGCUCCAUCGUGGAGAACUUGAAGAAGAGAUACAUGGACGACUACAUCUUCACAUAUAUCGGAUCCGUGUUGAUCUCCGUCAACCCCUUCAAGCAGAUGCCGUAUUUUGGAGAAAAAGAAAUUGAAAUGUACCAAGGAGCGGCGCAGUAUGAAAACCCGCCGCACAUCUACGCCCUCGCGGACAGUAUGUACAGAAACAUGAUUAUCGACAGGGAGAACCAGUGUGUCAUCAUCAGUGGUGAAAGUGGUGCUGGAAAGACAGUGGCUGCCAAAUACAUCAUGAGCUACAUCUCCAGGGUGUCGGGAGGAGGCCCCAAAGUCCAGCAUGUCAAGGACAUCAUCUUGCAAUCCAACCCCCUGCUGGAGGCCUUCGGGAACGCCAAGACAGUGCGCAACAACAACUCCAGCCGAUUCGGAAAAUACUUUGAAAUCCAGUUCAGCCCAGGUGGGGAACCAGAUGGUGGAAAGAUCUCAAACUUCCUUCUGGAAAAGUCUAGGGUGGUGAUGAGGAACCCUGGAGAAAGGAGUUUUCACAUCUUCUACCAGCUCAUCGAGGGCGCCUCUGCAGAGCAGAAGCAGAGUCUCGGCAUCACCAGCAUGGACUAUUACUACUACCUGAGCCUCUCGGGGUCCUACAAGGUGGAUGAGAUCAACGACAAGCGGGAGUUCCAGGAAACCCUGCACGCCAUGAACGUGAUCGGGAUCUUCGCGGAGGAGCAGACGCUGGUGUUGCAGAUCGUGGCGGGGAUUCUCCACCUGGGCAACAUCAGCUUCAAAGAAGUGGGCAACUACGCCGGGGUGGAGAGCGAAGAGUUUUUGGCUUUUCCUGCGUAUCUGUUGGGCAUAAACCAGGACCGGUUAAAAGAGAAACUAACGAGCCGGCAGAUGGAUAGCAAGUGGGGCGGCAAAUCCGAGUCCAUCCACGUGACCCUCAACGUGGAGCAGGCCUGCUACACCAGGGACGCGCUCGCCAAAGCCCUGCACGCCCGCGUCUUCGAUUUCUUGGUCGAUUCCAUCAACAAAGCCAUGGAGAAGGACCAUGAAGAGUACAACAUUGGAGUCCUGGACAUCUAUGGCUUUGAAAUAUUCCAGAAAAAUGGCUUUGAACAGUUCUGCAUCAAUUUUGUGAAUGAGAAGCUACAGCAGAUUUUUAUUGAGCUGACCCUAAAGGCAGAGCAGGAAGAAUAUGUUCAAGAGGGGAUAAGAUGGACACCCAUCGAGUACUUUAAUAACAAAAUCGUGUGUGACCUCAUAGAAAACAAAGUUAACCCUCCGGGCAUCAUGAGCAUCCUGGACGACGUGUGUGCCACCAUGCACGCCGUGGGCGAGGGCGCCGACCAGACGCUGCUGCAGAAACUGCAGAUGCAGAUCGGGAGCCACGAGCACUUUAACAGCUGGAGCCAGGGUUUCAUCAUCCACCACUAUGCGGGGAAGGUGUCCUAUGACAUGGACGGCUUCUGCGAGCGGAACCGCGACGUGCUCUUCACGGACCUCAUUGAGCUCAUGCAGAGCAGCGAGCUACCCUUUAUAAAGUCUCUAUUUCCUGAAAACCUGCAAGCUGACAAGAAAGGGCGCCCAACGACUGCUGGAAGCAAAAUAAAGAAACAAGCCAAUGACCUUGUGGGCACUCUCAUGAAAUGCACUCCCCACUACAUUCGCUGCAUAAAACCAAAUGAAACCAAGAAGCCCAAAGACUGGGAAGAAAGCAGGGUAAAGCAUCAAGUGGAAUAUCUGGGUCUGAAAGAAAACAUCCGAGUGAGGAGGGCUGGUUAUGCCUACCGACGCAUCUUUAAGAAGUUCCUGCAGAGGUAUGCCAUCCUGACCAAAGCCACCUGGCCCGUGUGGAGAGGCGACGAGAAACAGGGCGUCCUCCACCUGCUGCAGUCUGUCAACAUGGACAGUGACCAGUUCCAGCUGGGGAAGAGUAAAGUGUUCAUCAAGGCCCCAGAAUCGCUGUUUCUCCUAGAAGAGAUGAGAGAGAGAAAGUACGACGGAUAUGCUCGAGUGAUACAGAAAACAUGGAGGAAAUUCGUGGCCCGGAAGAAGUAUGUCCAAAUGAGAGAAGAAGCCUCAGACCUGCUGUUGAACAAGAAGGAGAGAAGGAGAAACAGCAUCAACCGCAACUUCAUCGGGGAUUACAUCGGCAUGGAGGAGCACCCGGAACUGCAGCAGUUUGUGGGCAAGAGAGAGAAGAUCGACUUCGCAGACACAGUCAUCAAGUACGACAGGCGGUUCAAGGGUGUCAAGCGAGACCUGCUGCUGACCCCAAAGUGCAUGUACUUAAUCGGAAGAGAAAAGGUCAAGCAGGGCCCAGACAAAGGCCUCGUGAAGGAAGUCCUGAAGCGGAGAAUCGAGAUGGAGCGGAUCCUGUCCGUGUCCCUCAGCACCAUGCAGGACGACAUCUUCAUCCUCCACGAGCAGGAGUACGACAGCUUGCUGGAAUCUGUCUUCAAAACCGAGUUCAUAAGCCUGUUAGCAAAGCGCUACGAGGAAAAAACCCAAAGACAGCUGCCUCUGAGAUUCAGCAACACCCUUGAAUUGAAGUUGAAAAAGGAAAACUGGGGUCCCUGGAGUGCAGGGGGCUCCCGACAAGUGCAGUUCCACCAGGGCUUUGGUGACCUGGCUGUCCUCAAGCCCAGCAACAAAGUGUUGCAGGUCAGCAUCGGACCCGGGCUGCCCAAGAACUCCCGACCUACCAGAAGGAAUACCAUUCCGAGCAGAGGGUACUCCAGAGGAGCUCAUAACACCAGUUACCCCAUGAGAGCCGCCCCCGCCCCCCCGGGAUACCAUCAGAAUGGAGUUAUUAAAAACCAGUUUUUGCCACCUCCCCACGUUCCCGGAAACCAGAGGUCCACCCAGAAGAGCCUGUAUACGUCCAUGGCCCGCCCACCCUUGCCGCGGCAACAGUCCACGGGUUCAGAUCGACUGUCACAGGCACCAGAGAGCCUGGAUUUCCUCAAGGUGCCGGACCAGGGUGCCGCAGGUGCCCGGAGACAAACGACCAGCCGCCCACCUCCAGCAGGCGGAAGGCCCAAGCCCCAGCCAAAGCCAAAGCCCCAGGUGCCCCAGUGCAAGGCUCUGUAUGCCUACGACGCGCAGGACACCGAUGAGCUGAGCUUCAAUGCCAACGACAUCAUUGACAUCAUCAAAGAAGAUCCCUCCGGCUGGUGGACGGGUCGACUACGAGGCAAACAGGGCCUGUUCCCCAACAACUACGUGACCAAGAUCUGAGGUGCCAGGGGCUGACCUGUGGUCAGAGGAGCUCCAGGCCCAGACUGGAGGGGGGACAUUUGAGGGUUCCUCUUCUGAUCCACAGUGAGCAAUUGCUCCUCCAAGGCCUGGGUUAUUCUGGCCCCUUCCCCAUGGAGGACACGGAAAAGUCUGUAUUAGGGACAAGGAGUGUCACUCCAUAAGUGAGCCGAAAAGAUAGCCUCAAUCGUAGGAUCCCAGGAGGGCAAAACCACCACCCACGAAGAUUUAUUUAUUGUAUUUAAACCUGGUAAGGGACAGACGAGGGCCGCUGAGACCUUGAUGGUGCCCACCCCCAGCGCCUUACCCCUCACCAGACCCAGGGGACGGCUGUUGGUGGCCCUGACAAGUGCCUUUAGUUGAAGAGCACAUUUCUUUCAUUCUUCUUUACUGUACCUGACACAUUCCUCUCUGCCACUCUCCUUCAGGGAGGACCUAUCUCCUGUAGGCUGGUCUUGGUAUGAAGGGGCAUUCACCAUGCCAAUGCCAAGGGUAGGCUGGCCUUCUGAGCCUACAGGGGUCUAGGAUCACUGGGACUGCCGGCAGGGAAGGGGGGGCUGGGCACUGGGCUGUCAGCCCUGCUUUCUCUAGGUCUGCAAUUGGAAUGUGGCUGGCCCAUGUUGGUUUAUGUUUGGUGUACUUAGUACAAGAAGGGGCUCUUUUUUUUUUCAAGCUGUACAUUUAUAAAAACAGAUCAUAUACUGUAUAUAGAAAAUCCUUGAAAUGGUAGAAACAUGUAUGAAUGCACUAUGUAGUGCUCCACUGUACUCAUUCGUAAAGGUAGGUUUUAUUAUAAAACUGGCACCAGGUACUUACAGGUAUGCCCUCUCUUCACCUACACAAUGCUCGUGCUUUCCCACUCUCCUCACAGACCUUCUCCAUCCUCUCCCUGUAGUAACUUUCCUGCGACUUCCCUCCACAACUCUCCCUUACCUAAUUAAAAAUAAAGGACUCAGUGACCUGGCUUGUUCUUUCA